AUGACUUCCGACUUCCCUAUCGCGGACCUAGCAAAUAAUUUGAUCCGUAGACUAGACCGAACCAGAAUUUUUCCCCCCUACCAUAAUAAUCCCGAAGACCUCCUUCCUGUCCUUAAUGCAUCCAGAACAUGUCAUCCAAGAAGAUCUCCGAACAGUUUUCUUCUCUGUCGUAAGAAUGUUCACGAAGAGGCAAAGAGGAAUGGAACAUUCAACAUGCGAAUUGUUAGUAAGGUAACAGGAAUUCUUUGGCGUAAAGCCUCUGCUAGGGAGAAACAAUUUUAUGAAGACUUAGCAAAACGUUGCAAUAGUCUUUACGUUGAACGAUAUCAUUCCAUAUACGGGCGUCAAUCCACAACCCAUAGAAGGCCAUUGGCACCUUAUCAAGAUCCUGUUCCACCACCUCCUCCUCUUAUGCAAGUACUUCAACCUGAUUUACCUACAGAGUUUACAACGAUGCAAUUCGAACCUUUGUUUCUACAAAGUUUUCCUUAUUAUAAUAUUGGUCUUUAUUCUCAAGAUUUUAAUCCGACUUAUGAUUCGGAUGAUAUGAUGUUGUUUUUUCCAAUAAUCAGUAAUAACCCUCUCGCUCUUGAUUUUCAGAAUAUUUAA